UUGGAAUUUGCUCCCCGCUGUCCCAUAGUACGAAACUUGUUCCGGCUCGAGUACGUCUUGGUCGUCUCGUUUUGCCGAUUUGACCGACCUUUUCACCCGAGACGGUCACGAAAAAGACGGUGUUCCGUCUCGACGCGUCCCGUUCUUGAGACGGACUGCUGGACUAACCAGCUAUGGAAAUAUUACUGGCCGUCGUGUCAGUUAUCUCGUCGCUCUGUCUCGUCUUGCUUCUGGUCGGUUUCGGUUGGUACCUGGUAUGGAAGUUAUUUUUGCUGAGGUUCAGAUUUGUUCGUGAGCUGUUGGGUGGGAUGCAAGACGUGUCUGGACAGGCACAGCAACAGACAAAGCACAAGACUAAAAGGACGAGACUCGAUUGAUACAAAAAGUCACCAUGAACAUCCGUUGUGCCAGGCCUGAAGACCUGAUGAACAUGCAGCAUUGCAACCUGCUCUGCUUGCCUGAAAAUUAUCAGAUGAAGUACUACUUCUACCACGGGCUGUCUUGGCCUCAGUUGAGCUAUGUGGCGGAAGACGAGAAGGGCAGGAUCGUCGGAUACGUCCUGGCAAAGAUGGAAGAAGACAGCGAGGACAACCCGCACGGACACAUAACCUCAUUGGCUGUCAAGAGGUCGCACCGUAGGCUCGGGCUCGCUCAAAAGCUGAUGGACCAGGCCGCCAAAGCAAUGGUCGAAUGCUUCAAGGCCAAGUACGUCUCCCUGCACGUCAGGAAGUCAAACAGAGCGGCAUUGAACCUGUACACAAACACACUCAAUUUUACGAUAUCGGAAGUCGAACCAAAAUACUACGCUGACGGGGAAGACGCCUAUGCAAUGAAGAGGGAUCUUGUCAAACCGUCUUACACACAAAAGCUCUGACAAAGUGCCUGUGAAAAUAGACAUUUCGACGAAAGAUCCAGUUGUGCUAAAAUAAAACAAAAUUAAAAUGUGAAAUUUAGUUUAGUUUCCCUCAAAUGAAUAUUGUAAUUUAGAAAUCGAUCAAACACAGAACAUUUUUGAUCAAUUACGGGGUUAAAUAUUAAUUUUCUGUUUCUUUAUUAAAUUUGUUUUGUUCUCA